GCAAAGGGGACGGAAGGGAGGGGAGAGAGAGAGAGAGAGAGAAAAGAGGGGGAGCACAUGUGUAUGCUUGUCACUAAGGGGCUGGGAGAAGGACUAAGGGAAGCGAGGUAGCUGGCCACAGCCGCCAUAUGCUGACUGGAUUCCUGUUCAUGUCUGCUGUGUGAAGACUGUAGGUUUCUGUUGUGUGCUGGCCGGCUGGGGAACACACCAUGGGAAGCUCACAUCUCCUCAACAAAGGCAUGCCUCUAGGCAUCAGACCACCCAUCAUGAAUGGGCCCAUGCACCCGCGACCCCUGGUGGCGCUGCUGGACGGCCGCGACUGCACUGUGGAGAUGCCCAUCCUGAAAGACGUAGCGACCGUGGCCUUCUGUGACGCUCAGUCCACACAGGAGAUCCACGAGAAGGUAACGCACUUAACUAGGUCAUGUCGAGUCGGCCAGGCUGUCGCCCUGCGAGCCAAGGCCUUUGGCUUCAAUGUGAUCUUCUAUGACCCUUAUUUGGCUGACGGUGUAGAGAGAUCCCUGGGACUACAAAGGGUCACCACACUACAGGACCUGCUAUUCCACUCCGACUGCGUCUCUCUGCACUGCAGCCUCAACGAACACAACCACCACCUGAUCAACGACUUCACCAUCAAACAGGUAGAGAGGACAGCAGUUUUCAGUCAGGGCCCGCUGAAGACGCUCCCAAUCUCAUCUGCACCCCACAUGCUCCUGGGUACACGAACAGCAUCGCUGGAGAUGAAGAGAGGAUGCAGCCAGGGAGAUCCCGAAGGUAUCACAGGUCGUAUCCCAGACAGUCUGAAGAACUGUGUCAAUAAGGAGUUCCUCACCCAGAACAACCACUGGGCAGGAGUUGACCCAGCUACCGUCCACCCCGAGCUCAACGGGGCUUAUAGGUAUCCCCCAGGAGUGGUGAGCUUGCCAGCUGGCGGCCUCCCGCCACCCGUUGAAGGCAUUGUGCCCAGCGCCGUGCCCAUCACACACACCCUCCCGCCUGCUGUCACACAUCCUCCCCAUGCCCCGUCCCCUGGACAAAAUACAGUCAAGCCACCAGAGGGCGACAGAGAGCAGCAUCCAAACGACCAACUGUAGCCACAAACACACACACACACUAACACAAACACACACACACACGCUUGCCUGUGUUGUCUGGUGACCGGAGGAGGUUGGCAUGGCAACUGGGAUCAUAGCGAUAAGUUCCCUAGUGACAAGUUGUAAUCAGACAGGUGUGUCAGAUCGACAGGUUGAGGUCCCAAUAAGAAUUGAUUAACAACUCUCUGGCAAUUGGUUCCCAGCAGCCAGCUCACACUUCAAAGAGGAAGAAGAAGAAGAUGAUGAGAGGAUGGAAGAGGGUGAUGAGGAGGAGUGGAUAGCUGUCAGAUGCUCUUAUCAAAGAGCCAGACAAUUGUCCUCUGCUCCAACCUGAAGUUCUGAGAAAGACUGUAAAGAUCCACAGGUUUAUCGUCACAUAACAACAACUAGAGUAUAGUCGACUUUUUAACUGUUUUCUCUGCCAGAAGUAAAAAAACAAAAACAAAAAAAACUGUUGAUUUGGGAAGAAAAAAUACUGAAUCAAAUUCUGCUGUCUUAGACUGUAGUAUGUCCAAAGUUAGAGGGGCCUGUUUCACGUCUUUCUCUCUUUUUCUGUGUCCUUUCCUUAGUUUGAUGUACAAGCAAAAGUAGUAGGUUAUGAAAUGAAUGUAACCUGUCCGUGUACAGUUUUUAGACUUAAGGCAAGAAGAUACUGAUAUUUGUAUUCCAGUCUUAAGAAAAACAAGGGUUCUGUGAUCUCUAUGUAGCCAAACUGGUUUGAGAAUACAAUAUCUGUUUUGUUUUUUUUAUGUGUCCCCAAAUUAAUAAGCCCCCCAAAAAAGAGGCAGCUUUUUGCACACCAUCUCAGGAAAUGAAGUUUCCGCAGUUGGUAAUAUUAUUUUAUAAACAUUUUAAGUUUUAGAAAAUUCCUUUUUAUGCCACUUAGUGCUUUUGUUUUUCUACCUGCUUGCCUUUUUGUGUCCCGCUACAUUAGAAAAAGAACUUUAACGAGAGCUAAAGUUGAUCUAAUGUUUGCUUUUGUUUGUUUUGUUUACGGGGCAUGUGAUUUUGCUCUUGGGACUUGUUUAAAUGUUUGACCCAGAUAGAGGGGGUUGUGGGAGGAAAGGCUGUAGGGAGGUGGCAUAAUGGUAUGCUUGGCUGGGACGACUUCAUCCCUAGUCGUGAAUUGAAUUUACAAAACAGAGUCGUUGGAAUAAUUACUUUAAAGGACGAAGCAGGUUGCGGACGAGGCAAUGCACUGACAGUUUGUAGCAGCUUACAGCUUGAGAAACAGUCUCAUAAAAGAUUAUUAUCUAUGUUGUCUUCAUGUCUAAUGAUCCAGUACUUCCACUUUUAUGUGCAUUAAUUGUCCAGGUCAUGGAACAUGAACAGUUCAGCACACUAAGGUUUACAAAUGAUGCACAACAUUGGUGAAUCAGUGUGCUGCUUCAUGCUGCUAUAUCAGUGUCUUACUGAAGUUGCCCUAGAUAUGGAUCCGUCAAAAUCAGCCAACAGACUUGUGAAAACCUACAAAUCAACAAAUAUAUCUAUUUAUUUAUCUGCCAAAACUAUUUCUGGUUCCUAUCUGAAGUUAAAACUCACUUGACAUCCAGUUAAGGACAGUUAAUGGUUACUGACUGAUGAGGAACCGUUGUGUUCUUGAGGUCCAGUCAUACCAAAAUGUUCAUAAGUCUGAUCUGCUCUCAAAUAGACCUUUUAAGACUUCUUAAAAACCUACAUGGCUUGUCAGUUUGAUCGAGGUUCUGAAAGAGGAAUGACCUGCUUGUGAAAGGUUUUACAAAGUGAGAGACAUCAUUCAUGCACAAUAAAGUAAAGACAUUUCACGAUAGCAUGUCGGAACGUACUGAUUUCUCCAGUCUAGUAUCCCUUUAACACUUCAUGAUGGGUCCUUCCUGAGUAUACCGUUAGCCACCUUCUGUGGCCUCCGUGUCUAUGUGUACAUAUGGUGUUCUGCCUGCCUGUGUCAAUGUGACUUGGUUGUUUCUGUGUCUAAAAAAACAGCACUGGGAGGAGGGGUGGCGGCUAGUACUUUUCCACAAGGCAUCAUUGCAAAGACUGCCAUCUAAAUACACAACUUAACGCUAUGUAAAAAACCUAAAAAUGUUUAGAACUAGACUUCAAUCUAAGCUAGCAAACAAAGCCAGUAAUGGAUGCUUUUACUGGUUCCCACCAUGUGAACAAGAUGCUGAUAUUGUUAAAUCAGUAGUAAAACAAAUGAAACUGUUUUUCUAUCUGGAAUAUUUAUUACUAAUUCCAUUUCAUGUGUGGUUGAUGUUAGCAGGCCAGCUAAGUGACGGUGCUUUUUGGAUCCCCUUCUACCAGCAGCUGAGUAGUAAAAACAGUUCACUGUUGCCUACCUGGUCUUCUUCAUGGUGAGGUAGUAAAAGUAGCAAUCAGGGAUGGAACUUUCACUAGCCAUUGGUGAGUAUUUUACAGGCCAUGCUGAAUCCGAAGGGGGUGUCUAGUGCAGAAGGUACUGAGAGGACAUUUAAAUAUUACUGUCGGACUAGACCCCCAAAAUCCUGAAAGGAAUGCUGGAAUAUUUUGAAUUCUACUCAUGAUCUUUCCUCACCAGAUGCCUGUCGUUAUGUGGAGGAGAAACUCUUUGCUGAUACUUCCAAAUGUAAACUGUAAGCAUUCCUCAUUCAAACCGAUGGGUGCCACAAGUACAAACCACAGACUAGCUUUCAAAGUGUCAAGGUGCUCCCUGAAAUUCCAUCCCUGGUAGUAACAUACAGUCCACUGUUGCCUACAUUGGUCCCCUUUAUGGUAAAGUAGUAGGCGUAGCAAUAUACAGUAUACAUAUUCUAUAUUCUACAGUAAAUAUCAUUAUUUUUGGUCAAAACUGACAACCUGACAAAGAUAUGUUUGUGACUGUAUGCAUUUGUAUGAAUUAUUUUAAAAGGAAAUAAACUGUGGAAAGGUGAA